AUGACUUCCACUCCCUUCCAUAUUCGAGAAUUGACAUCGCCCGAAGACGUUCAGUUGAGGCAGAUAGCUGAUAUUCUGUACGAAGGCUUCAAAGACGUCGACCCUAUCUCGUCUUUUGCUUGCGGGGACGAUCCUGCGCUUAUGCGAGAGUUUCACCAUGCUACCAUGGCAGGCGCAGUGAUAGGCGGGCAUGUCUUUGUUGCCGAAACUAUCUCCUCGCCCAAGAAGAUCAUAGGCUGCGUUGCAUUUUUUGGCCCCGGUAGCGACGUCUUGGGAGAUGAGGAACAAUUAUCCCAAGGCUUCAACAAUUUCCUAUCCAAGCUUUCCCCAGACGUCGUUGAUUGGUGGAUGGGAUUCAUGCCGAAGUUCGCUGCGAUGAGCGAUGCGAUCCUUGGACCGGGAGUCAAGGAAUCCGGAUGGAAAAUGAAUUGUCUAGCCGUGUCUCGUGAGUUCAGAAGGAAAGGCGUCGGAACGGCACUGGUGAAUGCAGGCGAGGAUUUGGCGCGCAAAGACAAAAACGCUUUGAUUUUUGAGGGAGGCUCGGAGGGGACGGAGCUGUAUUGUAGGAUGGAAUAUGACCUUGUCGGUAGCCAGAGCAUAGGGGGAGAUGCCGACCCAAAGUUCAAGUCGCCGAUGGAGAAAUUGACUCUCAAUAUAUUCCGCAAGGACUUUCGCUGCUAG